AUGGAUAACACGCACGAGUUACCUGUUUAUGCAGAUGAAGACCGCCCUGUACGGAGGCACCACUCGGCUCGAUACUAUGCUCACCAUAUUAAAGAAAGUCUAACUACUAGACUCUCCAAGUUAGUUUGUACAAUUUUCUUAACCCUUCUUGCUAUUGUUGGUAUCAUUGGAUUCAUUUUAUGGCUAGGUUUGCGCCCUCAUCGCCCAAGAAUUUUCCUCCAUGAUUUCUCAAUUCCAGCUAUAAGUCAGGGAAUUGGACCUGAAAGUGCACAAAUAAACUUCAAUGUAACAGCAAGAAAUUCAAAUCAAGUUAUUGGGAUUUUUUACGAUGCAAUGCAGGUGACAGCGACUUAUCAAGAACAAAGUAUUGGGAAUUCGCAAUUAUUGACUCCAUUUUAUCAACUGCCCAAAAACACAACUGUUCUUGCUGGUACAUUUUCAGGCCCUAUGAUUACGGUGACCGGAACACAAUGGCAGCAAAUGCUCGAGGAUCGGUCUAGAGGAACGGUGGUUUUUCGGAUAGAAUUAACGGCGAAAAUUCGAUUUAGGUUAUGGUCGUGGAAUAGUAAACAUCAUAGGAUGCAUGCUAAUUGUCCUGUGGGAGUAGGCCAGGAUGGUAUGGUCUUGGCUGGUUACAUAGAUAAGAGAUGUCCAGAAUAUUUCAACUAG